CAUCUUGGUUUCACCUUGGUUGUCUUUUCUCUCUCUCUGUUUUCAUUUUUAUUUCUUCGCCGUCUUUGCGCUCCUCUAGGGCAGCUCGGCUUCGUCUGCUCCUUCAGCCGAACGUCGUUCACAUCCUAGUCUGAGUCCUCUACUGGUGCUGGUCACCUUGUCCUGUAAAACCGUUCACUCGCACUCCAUUUCGUCCACGCUUUCCGCUUCCUUUUCAUUUAACCAUGGUCGCUCUUUCUCCAGUCCCUGAGAUUUCCAUCUCACUCGCUUCGCCAGAAGAGCCUGUCCCUGAGCCCUUCUCGCCGUUCUCAACUUCUGGCUUCGGCUCCCCUUGCACGCCCGCCACUCCAGAAGACAACGACGGUUUCAGGUCCACGCUGCUCUCCCCACCACCCACCUCUCCUCGCUUCCCGAGACAGCUCUCCCCACUUCGUCCAGUGGACGUGCCCGUGUGCGGCAAAGGCAUCGAACGGGAGAGGUUCGAGCAGCUGCUUAGAGCGUCCCGUGAAAGGAACGCGAGUGUCGGUGGCAAGAAGUCGCCUGACUUGCGCAAGGAGAUAGCGUUGAAGGUGCACAGGAACAAACAGGUCGAACGUCGUGCUCUGUUCCUUUCCAAGGUCCAGGCGCCCCCCUCCCCUCGCUCGACCCUGCUUCCGAAGACUCCACCGGAGUCUCCGGCUCUCUUCCACUACUCAUUGCCCUCUCCGGGUCUGCGUUCACCUCUGACCGCGUUUGCGGACGAGGAGCUCGCCAAGCCCCGCGAAAGUUGGGUUGAACAAGUCGAUUUCCGCCUGCCGGAGCAGGACUGCGUCAAGCCUCCGCCACGCUCGGCUUCGCUUUUCAGGACGCAGAAAUUGCCGUCUCUCGAACAAAUUACUGCGCACCUCAGUAACCAGGCAGUGUCACAUGAUGACGUCGGACCGCGGUCGAGACGCACCGCCCGCCUUCCAGCCUUCCUUCAGCUGGUUGCGACCGCGAAGCCAGAGGCUGUUGAGAGCGCUAGGCCGCGACCCGCCCUGCCUCCGGGUGUUGGACGCCUGCACUUUCCCCUCCGGUCGGCCUCUCCGCCAGAGGAGCUUGCGAAGCCCGAGGUUAAGUGUCCGAGCCCUCGCCUUCCUCCCUCGCCCUGCACCCCCAAGCUGCAGAUUAAGACUACGGUCGUUCCGCGCACGUCGUCGCACUCUCCUAUCGACCUUACGGAGGACAACCUUCGUGCUCUUGAUCUAGCGCGUGAGCGCACCGCCCAAAACAUGUUCAUCCGCCUGCGACGCCGUACAAUGACGCCUGAAGGCUUGAACGGAGAUGGUGGGCUUGACGAGCGCAAGCUCAGGCGCCACAGCGCCCCUCCCGAACUCCCUUCGUGCGAGCGAAUCGGAUUCAUGAACCCCAGGCUUAACCUUCCUGGCGCGUUCUAGGCGACCAAAGGAGCAUCUUCCUUCCGUGGAUAUCGUAUUUACAGACAAGCAUCAGAAUAAUGGACUCUUACUAGAGAACGUCUGCACAUCUCUAGGAUUGGAUUAUAUGCUCUUCUCCAUUUACUCUGUUCCGGUUGCAAUGGACUUCCCUUGUGUUCUCCGCACCUCUAUGUUCGUGUAAAUGGGCGGUAUGCGGGCCAUGCAGCGAACGCUUUCUUUACUAUUAAAUAUUUUCGCUGCUAGUCUACGUACCUACCCGCCCUUGUGUAAGCAGGCUGUGCCUCUUGCUCUAUCAAUCCCCACGGACUGCAGAUGAGACAAC